GAAGAAUUUUGUAGGCGCUGUUGUUAUUUUGCUUAUUUGCUUUUGAAGAUUUAAAUAUUGCAAAUAAUUAUCAAAACAUUCAUUUACGUAACGGAUACAUUUUUGCUCUAGUUUACUGUACUAUUUUUGUUUAGUUAUCAACAACUGAGUGACAUACGCCGAAAGUUUAAACAAAUAACCUCCCUGUUGUUAUUAAUUAAUACAAAUCUGAAUUUCGUUCCGCAAAUAAUAAAUUAAAAAUCAUAAUGAGUUACAAUUCGGGAGGUAGUGGUGGGAAGGGGUUCGGGUUUGCAGGUUUCUCGAUGCCAAAACGGAAUCCUUCGAAUAUAUCCUUGCAUGCAGUUCCACCUCCUACGACACCGAUGCACGCAGUCCCUCCGCCAAGUUCAGGUCUCUCUAAGCAGGGGUAUUCAACUAUGAAUUCCAUAACUCAGAAUGCUGUCGCUGGCAACUGGGGAACUCUGGGAAAAAAGCGUUCAAAAACUGAAGAUGAAUAUUUUGAUGAUGAUGACGAGCCUCCAACACCAGCUCUGGCGUACAUCCCUGCACCAGGCAGUCCCACCAAUGAUAUUGCUUCUAGCUCUAAGGCAGAUGAUGAUGAAGAGGAUCCACUAGAUGCUUAUAUGGCUGGCUUAGAGAAGCAAGCAGCAAAGGACAUGGUCACAAGUAAAGAAAAUGCAAUAGCUGGUAAAGAGGACAGCGGCAGAGGGACAAGAGGGGACAUUGAUGAAUUGGACGAUGAAGAAAGUUACUAUAAAUACAUGGAAGAAAAUCCUCUAGGAAAUGCAGGUGAUGAAUCUGACCAAGAAAUUGAAUAUGACCAGGAUGGAAAUCCAAUAGCACCACCAAAGAAGAAGAUCAUAGAUCCAUUGCCACCUAUUGAUCAUUCGGAAAUUACUUACGAGCCAUUUGAGAAAAACUUCUACGUGCCGCACGAGGAAAUUGAGAAUUUGACACAUCAACAAGUUGAAGACUUGAAAAAAAGUUUAGGUGUUAAGAUAACAGGCCCUGAUCCUCCGCGGCCAGUGAGCAGUUUUGCACAUCUAGGAUUUGAUGAGCAGCUGAUGAAGGCCAUCCGCAAGUCUGAGUACACGCAGCCCACACCCAUACAGGCAGCUGGUGUGCCCGCAGCACUCUCCGGAAGAGACCUAAUUGGUAUCGCUCGUACUGGUUCUGGUAAAACUGCAGCGUUUUUGUGGCCUCUGCUAGUUCAUAUAAUGGACCAGAAAGAACUGGCUCCUGGUGAUGGACCCAUCGGUCUCAUUCUAGCACCAACGAGGGAACUUGCACAGCAAAUUUAUAUGGAAGCUAAGCGUUUCGGCAAAGUGUACAAUAUAAGAUGUGUGUGCUGCUACGGCGGGGGGUCCAAAUGGGAACAGUCGAAAGCUCUGGAGAGCGGUGCUGAGAUAGUGGUGGGCACUCCGGGACGUAUGAUAGAUCUCAUUAAGUGCAAGGCGACCAAUCUGCAGCGAGUCACUUACCUCGUGCUGGAUGAAGCUGACAGAAUGUUCGAUAUGGGAUUUGAGCCGCAGGUGCGGUCUAUCUGCAGCCACGUGCGGCCGGAGCGGCAGGCGCUGCUGUUCUCGGCGACGUUCCCGCGCCGCGUGGAGCGCCUGGCGCGCGACGCGCUGCACGACCCCGUGCGCGUGCAGCACGGCGCCGCGGGCGAGGCCACCGACCUCGUCACACAGCACGUCAAAAUAUUCAACAAACCGGAGGAGAAGUGGUCGUGGUUGUUGAACAACUUGGUAGAGUUCCUGUCUGCGGGAAGUGUUAUCAUAUUUGUUACUAAAAAGUUAGAAGCGGAGCAGACGGCUGCGAACCUGGGCGUGCAGGAGUACGACGCGCUGCUGUUGCACGGGGACAUGGACCAGGCGGACCGCAACAAGGUCAUCACCGCCUUCAAGCGCCAAGAGACCACCAUUCUCGUCGCCACUGAUGUUGCAGCCCGCGGUCUGGACAUCCCGCACGUGCGCACCGUGGUGAACUACACGGUGGCGCGCGACAUCGACACGCACACGCACCGCGUGGGCCGCACGGGGCGCGCCGGCGUGCGCGGGCAUGCGCACACGCUGCUCGCCCGCGACCGCGACAGGGAGUUCGCCGCGCACCUGCUGCGCAGUCUGGAGGCCGUGCAGCAGGAGGUGCCGGAGGAGCUGCUGCAGCUAGCGAUGCAGUCUGCCUGGUUCCGGAAGUCGCGCUUCAAGAAGGGCAAAGCUAAGAACUUAAACGUUGGAGGCUGUGGGCUAGGUUACAAGGAGCGUCCCGGACUGCCGACGUACUCGGAGGAGCCCGCCAGCGUGCUCGGCGCGGGCGAGCGGCUGCAGGGGCCCGCCACCGACCGCCUCGCGUCCCUCAAGCAGGCCUUCCGCUCGCAGUACAACCAGUUUACGGCGUCUACUGACCAUUCUUGGGAACAAACACUGACAUCAAUCCAGCCCGGAGUGAACGCGCCCGCCGCCAGCACUGACUCCAAAGAGAGAGUGAGGAAGAGUGGAAAGAAGAGUAGGUGGGAGUAGGACAGAAGGACCAAGAAGACUAUUUGAUUACGCCAGAAAUGUUUGGUUGUGUCGGAAAUAAAAUCAAAAUAGAUUGUUAGCAGAAACUUCUAGAUUAAAAAUGAUGAAAUUGAAUCACGAGAUAAGUUUAAGGGGUAGACAGAGAUGUCUUAGUGAUGGAAUGUUUUUUUUGUAAUAAUAUCUUAUGAAAUUAACGAAAUCAUAAAAAAUAAGCAAUAUUUAGAAAGACUUUGUAUGAUGAGGAUUUUUAGAUUAAAUCGCUAUUAAUAAAUUUCCCUAUUAGAAGUUAUUUUGAUUGAUCAAUGAAAUAUUUGUGCGUUUUUUCAUGUAUUAAUGUUUUACUUUUAAUAUGCUUCUGUACGUGUGUGUACUUUGUAAAGUUUUUCCACUACUUUAUUGUAAAUAUAAAAGAUAUAUAAAGAAUAUAUCAAUUUGUCUGUAGGUAAGUUGUGCUGUCGCGUUAUUCAACGCAUAUAUUAUCGACAUUAAGUGUUAAUUUUGAGCAAUAUGUAAAUACGAAUAAAGUACUAUUUUGCA